AUGGUUCAGGCCCCAGGAAUGUCGACACCGGGCCCGCCGCCCGCCCAGUCUCGCGGAUACGAGACCACGAUUGAUAUCGCGCGCCACCAGGCUUAUCAUGUAGCACCAGUGGCAGGAAUCAAGAGGUCGACGACGACUCGGUCUCCUGAGCCUCCCACCUCCGGCGUAGGCGCCCCCACCCACUCUACAUUCCGGCGCGGACCAAACAGCCCCGCAGAUGGUAUCCGGGAAUCAACACCGCUGGAGUUCACUCGAGCCUCGCUGAUCCCUCUCCCAAACCGAUUUCACCCCAGCAAGAUCCAUCCGGGCCCGGGCGCGCCAGGCCCUGAGGAGCCCAAGGACGGGCAAAAGGGCGCCUCCGCCCCGGGUUCCAGCCAGAAUCCGCUGCUGUCGCUAACCAAUCCCAAGUACGGGCUGCCGCCGGCACUGACGGCCAAUUUCGCUGCCCUCGGCGUCAGCAAUAUCUAUCCGUGGCAGGCGUCGUGUCUGCUUGCGCGCGGGUUGUUGGCGGGUGGGCGGCACCUGGUCUACACGGCCCCCACCGGCGGAGGCAAGUCCCUUGUCGCGGACGUACUGCUACUAAAACGGAUUAUUGAGGAUCCCGCCCGCAAGGCGCUCCUCGUGCUGCCGUAUGUAGCGCUGGUUCAGGAGAAGCUGAAAUGGAUGCGCCGGAUUGUCCAGGGCGUGGAGAGGAAUGUGCCUGAGGACGACGAGGACGAUGCGCACUACCCGCGCAAACGCUGGAAGAAACUGCAGAGGCAGAUCCGGGUGACGGGAUUUUUCGGCGGAAGCCGGACGACGGCGACCUGGGCGGAUACCGAUGUUGCCGUCUGUACUAUAGAGAAGGCCAACUCCUUGAUAAAUACGGCAAUCGAGGAGUGUAGUAUUGGGGACUUGGGGGUGGUUGUGUUAGAUGAGCUGCACAUGCUUGACGAUGAGCACCGGGGCUAUCUCUUGGAGCUCAUGGUAACGAAAUUGCUGUUGCUCCGGCAGGAUAUCCAAAUUGUGGGCAUGAGUGCUACACUCUCCAACACAGAGAUGCUAGCACAGUGGAUGAACGCAAAGUUCUUCAUUUCCACAUACCGACCGGUUCCCAUUGAUGAAUAUCUCGUCUAUGAGAAUGCUAUCUACCCAGCCGCAACCUCGAGACAAUUGUUUCAGACAGCAUCAAAACUGACAGCCGCAAAUUUAACCUCACUACACGACUCGAUACCGCCUCAUAGACUCAUCGAUGCUUCUGAAUACAAGGAGCUUUGUAAUGCUGCCACCAAUUCCAUGGUGGCAUUGGCUGUUGAAACUGCUUCUGCUGGUUACGGCGCAUUGAUAUUCUGCAGUAGUCGUGGCGCUUGUCAAAUCCAUGCUGCUACCAUUAGCGAGGCAAUGCCUAGUCUAGCACCACAUGAGUCAGAAGAGCUGAGCAAGCGGUUGGACCUGCUUGCGGAGCUGCGAAGUCUUGCGUGUGGAUUGGAUCCAGUUCUGGAGAAGACAAUCGUCAAGGGAGGAGGAUUUCACCAUGCCGGUAUGACCAUGGAAGAGCGGGAGUUGAUUGCACAAGCCUACGAUCAAGGUGUGUUGAGAGUGCUGGUUGCUACAUGCAGUCUUGCUGCUGGCGUCAAUCUCCCUGCUCGACGGGUAAUUAUCAAUGGAGCUCGGAUGGGCCGGGAAUUGGUUGGGCCUGCAAUGCUACGUCAAAUGUGCGGACGCGCUGGACGCAAAGGCAAGGAUGACGCGGGCGAGACAUAUCUGAUAUGCAUCAAGGCUGAUUUGGAAGCUGUUUGUGACCUACUGGAUGCGGACAUGCCUGCAAUCGAGAGCUGCUUGGCUCCCGAGAAAAGAGGUCUGAAAAGGGCCCUUCUUGAAGCGAUAGCAACGGGCUUAGUAUCGGGCGGCGAGGCAAUUAAAGAGUACGUCCGCUGUACCCUUCUCUACCGCACCAUCGACAAGAAACUUGUGUACAGCAUCAUGAAAUCGGCCCUGCAGGAAUUGAUCGACGAAGGGCUCUUGAUUUUCAAAGAUGAUGAGUCCUACGGGGCAACCCUCUUAGGUCAGGCAGUCGUCGCCUCGGCAUUUUCCCCCGAAGAUGGGCUUUUUGUGUACGAGGAGCUCAAACGUGCCCUGCAGGCAUUCGUCAUGGAUGGUGAUAUGCACAUAUUCUAUAUCUUCACACCACUGCAAGUUGCCACGAACACACCAAUCGACUGGCAGAUAUUCCGCAACCAAUUGGACCGCAUGGAUGAAAGCGGCCUACGAGCGCUGCAAUUCAUCGGUGUCCAGCCAGGAUUCGUGAAUAACAUGGUCCAAUCUGGCGCUUCCCUCAAAGAGAACACCCCCGACCAACAAAAACAAGCGCGUAUAUACCGCCGUGCCUAUACAGCCUUCCAACUCCGCGACUUGAGUAAUGAAGUACCGCUUUCCACCAUCGCCACCCGCUACCGCAUCCCCCGCGGCGCGGUCCAAACCCUUGCCCAGCAGUGCCACGGCUUCGCGGCCGGGAUCGUCAAGUUCUGCCAGCGCAUGAAUUGGGGUAUGAUGGCGGCUGCGUUGGAUCAUAUGCGGGAUCGGCUGGAGGCUGGAGCGCGGGCGGAUCUGCUGGAGAUGGCGCAGGUCACGUUUGUAAAAAGCUGGACGGCACGGUGCUUGAGGGAGAAUGGAUUCCGUAAUUUGAGAUCCUUGGCCGAGGCAGAACCGAAGGAUUUGGUGCCGGUACUUAUGAUGGUCAACCGGCGAAAGACUCAGAAGAGUCAGCUCCAUCCCACCGAAGCCGAACGGUAUGCCGCGAAGGUAUUGGCGAAAGCGGAGACUAUUGUUGCCUCUGCGAACAAAAUAUGGGAACGGGAGAUGCAGAUCGAGCUGGAGGAAUGA